UGGAGAGUGCGGUAGUUUUAUUUGGAGACCUAGUAUCGUACUACGGGUAGUACAAUAUGUGGAACAAGGCCGUAAUAUUUUUGGCGUGCGUGCUAAUUUACUUCUACAAACGAUCUGCCCGGGGUGAAGGAACGUCGAUACUUUUCUAUUACAAGUUUUUCUUAUACUAUUUUGCUACGUUUAUUGUCACCGCAUUAUGCUGGCCACUGUUCCUGCUGAAGCCCAGAAAUGUUCAGAAUGUGAUGAUAACUGUUCCGAUCGCAAAAUUUGUUUCAAGGGCUAUUAACCUACGCUGGAUAGUUCGGGGAGGAGGGGUUUUGUCGGAGGACCGCGGGGCAGUCGUGGUCAGCAACCACCAGUCUUCUCUAGACAUAUUGGAACAACUCAACAUCUGGGACUUGGCUGGUAAAAUGACUUGCAUCGCAAAAAAGGAACUGUUUUACUUAUGGCCUUUUGGAUUGAGCGCUUACCUCACUGGGAUUGUGUUCAUAGAUAGACGGAAAACAAAGGAAGCCUACAAGACAAUGUUCGCAGCUUCUGAAGUUAUGACGAAGGACGAGACCAAAAUAUGGAUAUUCCCUGAAGGCACUCGAAACAAUAACCCGGAGUUUUUGCCGUUCAAGAAAGGUGCAUUUAACUUGGCUGUUGCGUCACAAGUGCCGGUUAUUCCUGUAGUUUUCUCUCCAUACCAUUUUCUUGAUAUUGAAAAAAAGACAUUUAAAGAAGGUCACGUAAUAAUUCAGUGCUUAGAAGAAGUAUCCACGAAAGGAUUAACUCAGGAAGACGUACCAGCCCUCAUAGAAAAUGUACGAAAUCAAAUGAGCAUCGUCUAUAAACAGCUUGCGAAGGAAGUUAUGAACGAUCCGCCUACCAAAUUCAACUUACUGAAAAACUGCUCUACUAAGGCUCGUACCCUAAAAGACUGAAAUAUUCAUAAUUUUAUCC